CUCGUCCUUAACAAAACUUGUCUACGUAUUCAACUACGCGGAGUUGUGAACUUUUAAUUAAAAAAUAUUAACUGAAGUUGAUAUGUGUUAAAGUGAUCUAGGAUUAAGUGAUUGAAGUGAACAUAAAUUUUUUAAAACAAAUAUAACAUUUUGCUAACAAAAUGUGUAAAUACAUGGUUAUCGGGCUUCUUGUUAGCUUGAUUUUAACUUCAGCGGGAGCCAACGAAAACUGCAACAAAGAUAUGCUGCAGCGAUGCGCCAUGGAUCUGCCUGUGCUGAACUCGCCGGAGAUUUCAUUCGCCUUAACUAGAGAAGAACUGGACAAGAGUUGCAUAAAAUUACACUCAGGCAUAUCCUGCAUCGACAACUACACAAGCGCCUGCAUGUCCAGACACGAACAAACCGUGUUCCGCAAAAUCUACUCUGGGAUCAGCGAUGGAAUGAAAGAACUCUGCACUCCCGGGGCCUACCAAGACGAGUACUUGAAACACGCGCGCUGCGUCAAGAUCUUCUGGGCUGAUUAUGAGCAGUGUAGCCAGAAGUAUGAGGUUACGCUCACGCAUCUGAAUGACCAUCAGAAGAAUGAGCAGUAUUCUACGGAUCAGCGAGAUAUUAGCACAAGCCAUGAGGAUUAUUUGAGGACAGUUUGCUGCUCAUUCCAGGAGUUCAUGUCAUGCUCCGAAGAAACGGUACAGAGGACGUGCGGUGAUGAAGCAGCCGUGUUCACCAGCAAGUUCCUUAAGCAAAUGGCUUCCAACAUUAUAAAGAAUUUCUGCUACGAAUACCGGGAUAAAGAAUGCACCGCCACAGGAAAAGCCAGCGCAACGUUCCAAAACCUCCAACUGCUUCUCAUCGCCCUUUCGGGGCAUCUCGCGUUUUAUCUCGGGAACCUAGUACCAGCGUAAACUAACCUAAAAUAAUUUUAGGAUUCGAAUUUUGAAAUUAGAACAUUCGUGAGUGUGUGAGUGCAGUGAACUGUAAAUAGUGAGCGUUAUAAUGAUAGUGUUUUGUUAAUUUAAUUUUAUGCAUCACUUCGAAACGGUAGCUAAUUAAUUUGCGCAUGCAAUGCGUAUUUUACCUAGUUCUAUAAGAUAAUUAUGAAUUAUGAUUUACGGUCAUAUAAAUCAUAAGCCAUAUCGAAAAUUACUUCAACAAUUAAACAUUUUGUAUCGGUUUUGUGAGACUUCAAGGCUACGGAAUGUACAUAUCGUGAAGUACGGUAAAAUAUAGUCGGAUGUCAAACAUACGUGAACACCUUUGUACCUACGUUAGCCUUUGUAACAUACAUAAUCAUUGAUGUGAACUAUGCCAUUGUCCACUGUUAACUGAGAAUUCGUAAAUCUUAUAGCAAAGAUUUUGGACCCACGAUUUUGGAUUUUGGCGGUAAGUUAAGAAUGUUACUGUUGGGUCAAAAACUGUACGAGUAAAGGUUAUGCGACUUUC